AUGAAACCGGCGGCGCUACUCGUUUUUCUACUUUUAGUAAUAUUUGGACAUGGAGCAAAAGAAAAACCGGAACUUAGUGAGGAAAUCAAAGAAAUAAUACAACAUGUUCACAACGAAUGCGUCGGCAAGACCGGGGUGGCUGAGGAGGACAUAGCGAAUUGCGAAAACGGAAUAUUCAAGGAAGAUGUGAAAUUAAAGUGCUACAUGUUCUGCUUAUUGGAGGAAGGGAGUCUUGUGGACGACGACGGUUUUGUUGACUAUGACAUGAUGGUCAGUUUGAUACCGGAACAGUACACGGAUCGAGUUGCUAAAAUGAUUAACGCAUGUAAACAUGUUGAUACGCUCGACAAGGAUAAAUGCCAGAGAGCAUUUGAUUUUCAUAAAUGUUCAUAUUCCCAAGACCCUAAUUUUUAUUUCUUAUUUUAGUAUGUACUGUUAGCUGACUAGAGGAGAAACCUUUUAUGUAAUAUUUUUUACGAAUUGUGAACGUUU